AUGCAUGGUUUUGGAGUGUAUGAAUUUGGAAACGGGCAUCGGUAUGAAGGAGCCUGGCAUGAGGGGAGAAGACAAGGGCUUGGUAUGUACACAUUCAGGAAUGGUGAGACACAAGCAGGCCAUUGGGAAGACGGUGUCCUCAGCUGUCCUACCGAGCAGACUACCCGUCAUGGUUCAUCGUUUUCCAUCAGUCAUUCCAAGGUUCUUGACACUGUCCAGCAAGCUAGGAAAGCAGCCGAGAAAGCACAUGAAGUUGUGAAAGUGGAAGAAAGAGUGAACAGAGCAGUGAUGGUAGCAAACCGAGCAGCUAAUGCUGCUAGAGUUGCUGCUACAAAGGCUGUUCAAACUCAAACAUUUUACCGUAGUAGCGGAGAUGAUCCCGUGUGA